AUGGCGGAUGGACGUAGAUCUGUUUCGAAGACGACACAGGAAGGAGAGGAACAGAAGCAAGAGAAAUCUGAGCUUGAAAAAUUCAUGGAAUUAAUACUAACAAAAAUGGAAGAAAAUAAUAAGAAAAUGAGAAAGAAAUUAGAUGAAAACAGUCAAAAAGUAGAACAAAAAUUAGAAGAAAAUAAUCAAUCAUUAGAACAAAGACUGGGGGAAAAAUUAGAAAUAACAUUAGAGAAGAUGGAAGACAAAUUAGAAGAAAAUAGUCAAAAAACAGAAGAAAAUAAUCAAUCAUUAGAACAAAGACUGGGGGAAAAAUUAGAAAUAACAUUAGAGAAGAUGGAAGAGAAAUUAGAAGAAAAUAGUCAAAAAGUAGAACAAAAAUUAGAAGAGAAUAAUAGAAAAGCAGAAGAAAAUAGUCAGAGGUUGCAGAAAAAACUUGAACAGACCUCCAAGAGAUUAGAGGAUCAAAUUGAACAAAGAAUAAACAAGAGUAUUGGAGAAGUAAAAAUGUUAUAUGAAGAAAUGAUGAAUAAACAUGAAACAUUAGAAACAAAAUUAACUUCUGAAAAUUAA